CCCUCCCCUUCCCUCUUGACUGCAACCCUUGAGCGAUGCACCCCCUUCACCCAAGCGAAAAUCCACCCCUGCGGCCCCCGCCCUUCACCUCUUCUCUGUCUUUCCUCUCUAACCAGAGCCGUAUACCAGGGUAUACAAAAGGGCAAAAAACUGCAAUGGGUAAGGCCUGAAGCUCAAGAAGGGUGUGAUGUGUCAGAUUAGUUCAACAUUAUGGUACUCCAUCAAAAUAGGAUCAAGACAAAUCCCAAAAACGCGAUAAAUGAACAUUUCCUACCAUGAUUCCUGGACUUCAUGGUGUGGGGGCAUGAACAUGAAUGCCUUGUUGAUCCACAGGAAGUUCCUGGGAUGGGCUUUCAUAUAAUUCAACCAGGGUCGUCUGUUGCAACAUCAUUAAUCGAUGGGGAAGCAAAGCUUAAGCAUGUCCUUCUUUUAGAAAUUAAGGGGAAUCAAUAUCGUCCAACUAAAAUACCUUUGAAGUUAGUGAGGCCUUUUGAAUAUGUUGAGGUCAUUUUAAAGGAUGAGGCGAACAUUGACCCCAAUGAUCAAUCAUCUGUUCUUGAGCAUUUGGACAAAGUUGUAUGGAUUUUUCUUUCCCACUUUCAUUAAGACCUACAAAACCUCAUACCUUAAUGGCUACAUACUAGUAACUGUAUUUUAAUA